GCAGCCCAGAGCACGCUGGCCCAGGAGGCUCAAGACAGUCAUCCUGGGAUUCCGGGCCACCUGCCCUUCCGUCUCCACCAUCUACUUCCUCUUCAUCCUCUUGGUGGUGUCCACCAUCUUCCACUGCCAUCACCGCCUGGCCCUGGUGCCCGCCCCCUGGGCCUCAGGCCGCUUGGUCCUGCUCCCUGGACCCCUGCCCCCAGGGGGCAUGUUCACCAUCAUGGCCAAAGGCCGCCUGGGGAACCAGAUGGGCGAGUACGCCACCCUGUACGCCCUGGCCAAGAUGAACGGGAGGCCGGCCUUCAUCCCGGCCGAGAUGCACAGCACGCUGGCCCCCAUCUUCCGGAUCAGCCUCCCGGUCCUGCACGGCAGCACCGCCGGCCGCAUCCCCUGGCAGAACUACCACCUGAACGACUGGAUGGAGGAGCGCUACCGCCACAUCCCCGGGGAGUACGUGCGCCUCACCGGCUACCCCUGCUCCUGGACCUUCUACCACCACCUGCGAGACGAGAUCCUGCAGGAGUUCACCUUGCAUGACCACGUGCGGGAGGACGCCCAGAAGUUUCUAAGGGGCCUGCAGGUGAAUGGGAGACAGCCAAGCACCUUCGUGGGAGUCCACGUGCGCCGGGGGGACUACGUGCACGUCAUGCCGCAGGUGUGGAAGGGCGUGGUCGCCGACCGGCGGUACCUGGAGCAGGCCCUGGCCUGGUUCCGGGCCCGCCACCGGUCCCCAGUCUUCGUGGUCACCAGCGACGACAUGGCCUGGUGUCGGCAGAACAUUGACGCCUCCCGGGGGGAUGUGGUGUUCGCGGGCAAUGGCCUUCAGGGCUCCCCCGCCAGGGACUUCGCGCUGCUCACUCAGUGUAACCACAGCGUUAUCACCGUGGGCACGUUCGGGAUCUGGGCUGCUUACCUAGUGGGCGGAGACACCGUCUUCCUGGCCAAUUUCACCCUGCCCAGCUCCCGCUUCCGCUGGAUCUUCAAGCCCCAAGCAGCCUUCCUGCCCGAGUGGGUGGGCAUUGCUGCUGACCUGGGCGGGGCCAAAGAGAACUCCAGGCCCUGAGGCCUCCCAGCUGGGCGACCUGGAACUAGUAACUUAACCUCUCUGGGCCUUAGCGUGCCCCCUGCUGAGCGGACCUAAUCCAGAACUUCCCUCUGAGGCUCCUGCCACAAGUUCAUUUAGUGUCGUGGGAAGGCCCCGGAAGUGCCCGCCACACACAGGCGUGUGGGUGGUGCACCCCGAACUUUCCGGAGGGUUUAACAUGGAAACCCAUUUUUUGCCCUCUCCUUGUCCGUGGCUUUGGGAGUUAAGUCCAAUGCCCCUGCCUCCUGGGAGGGUUCAGUGAAGCCUUUCCUCCCCUCCAGUCAAGGAGAGCCAGCCAAGUGUCAGGUUUGGGGUUUCAUAGGGGCCUUAAUGUGGAAGGGAGGAACCCACGAUUUGAGAGGAUGAAUCUCGGGGAGGUGCCCUUGGUGGGGAGGUGAGGUCCCUGGAAAUGGGGGUGCAGGUGGGACUCAGGAAGGACUCCACACCACUCUGCCCAAGGCAGCAAAGACGCCCAGAGUGUAAGGUCCUAGGAGUGACUGGUGGAACCCAGGGGUCCCAAAAGACGGAAGUCCGGCCAUGUCAGCAGCCAGCUGCAGACAGAUGGCCUCACCCCUUGGCACUGCCUAGGCCCCCAGGGCACAGAGUCCCUCUGAGAAACCCCUGUGUGGAUGAGAGUUGGACCAGGGGAUCACGAUACGGGCUUUCCUGUGUUCAGUGCAUUUGGCUUUAUGGAUAUACUGGUA